CUGUUCCUGCUUGGCAAAGUCUCAGUUCACCGUUAUACGUUGCCAGCUUAAGAUGGUCGACACAAACGUGCCGUCCGACGACGACGACGACAAUGACGACGACGAGUGGGACGUCGUUGGUUUUGGCGCCACAUUGACCAUCCCCGAGGAUGAAGAUCUCGAGGAGCAGACGAGGAACUUACUCCGGUACAUGGAGGAUCCGGAAGAUUAUGAUGGCGUGCCACCAUUAUUCAGUAUUGGCAUUAGUGAAGAAGAGGUUUGCGACGCCGGUUGCAGCGGUGACGCCAAAAGCGGCGACGGAUGCUAUGACGUCGGGAGCGGCGGCAACGAACGGGGGAAACGGAGGCCUGGUAGCGAUAAACGCGGCUAAAGACGCAAAGAAUGGGGCCCUGGUAGCGAUAAACGCGGGGUACGCGGCUACAGACGCGAAGGACGGGGUCCUGGUAGCAAUAAACAUGGGGUACGCGGCUACAGGCGCGGCACAAAUGGCGACACCAGUGGCAGUGAACGUGGCGUCCGUGGUGGCAACACCUGGAGCAGAGGUCCCCGCGGUUAUGGACGUCAAAAUUAAUCUUUUUUCAAUUUUUAAACAUUUUUUUUAAACUGUA